GCAGAGAACUUGGGGUUUGUGCUGUCCAAGAAGAGCUGAGGAGGGGUUGGACCUGUAGUGGGAGAUGAAAGCAGAAGCUGAGGCACCAAGAGCUCUGGGGAUGGUCCCAGCUCCCUGCUGCUGAGCAUCCUCCCUGCUGUCACCUCCAUCUGCUGCCACCACAUUCCUGCUCCGCUGGGAAACCGGGAAACCCGGCUUGGGAGAAAAUCACCUUCGUUUCCUUGUUCUUCUGUGGCUGUAACACCCGGGUGUCCCUCAGCAGCCCCGAGCUGUCCCUCAGCACCUGGGAAGAAGAAUGUCCCACCUGCUCUGACGUGGUUUGGCCCCCAGAUUCCCUAGCUCCACAAGUCCUUACUCAUCCCCUUCUCCAGAGCAGGGAUUUCAGGAGGGUCCCUCCGAGGAGAUUUCCUGGCUGGUGGGAGCAGAGAAGAGAGAAGAGAAGAGCAGAGCUGCUGGGUGACAGUGGGAGCAGAGGGCUGAGCUGUUGGGUGCUCCUCGGGGUGUUCCUGCCACGGGAUCGGGAGCUCCUCUGGCAAAGUCCGGGGACACCUGGAGGAGUCCGAGGCGUGUCGGGAAACCCGAUGCCUCAUCUCCAAUGUGGAGGCGGAGGGAGGAGGGCCAUAAGGCAUGUCCCUUCACGCUCCCGACAGCUGAAAACAGAGAAGGAAACUCUCUAGAGCCUUUUUUUAACAGCUCAGGAGCUUCGCUGUCCCCGUCUCACCCCAAGAGCCCUCCCGUACUCCAGGACUCUGGGGGGGUGGCAGUCCCGCACCCGCCGGGCGAUGAACAUCGCAAGGAGAAGAGGAUUUUACAGACAGGAGGUGAACAAAACCCUCUGGGAGCUGCCCAGGAGAUACACGGCCCUUCACCCCUUGGGGUCGGGAGCCUACGGCUCAGUGUGUUCAGCCAUAGACAAGAAGACAGGGGAGAAAGUGGCCAUCAAGAAGCUCUGCCGCCCCUUCCAGUCGCAGAUCUUUGCCAAGAGAGCCUACAGGGAGCUCAUGCUCCUGAAGCACAUGCAGCACGAGAAUGUCAUCGGGCUGCUUGAUGUCUUCACCUCCGCCCCCUCCUACCAUGGAUUCCAGGAUUUCUACCUGGUGAUGCCAUACAUGCGGACAGAUUUACAAAAGAUCAUGGGACAUGAAUUCAGUGAUGAAAAGAUCCAGUACCUGGUGUACCAAAUGCUGAAAGGGCUGAAGUAUAUUCAUUCAGCUGGAAUCAUUCACAGGGACCUGAAACCAGGCAACCUGGCUGUGAAUGAAGACUGUCAGCUAAAGAUCUUGGAUUUUGGCUUGGCCAGACAUGCUGAUGCUGAAAUGACAGGCUACGUGGUUACCCGCUGGUACAGAGCCCCCGAAGUCAUCCUGAACUGGAUGCAUUACAACCAGACAGUGGAUAUCUGGUCUAUUGGCUGCAUCAUGGCAGAAAUGCUGACGGGGAAAACGCUGUUUAAAGGAAAAGACUACCUUGAUCAACUGACUCAGAUCCUGAGAGUCACCGGGCAUCCAGGAGAAGACUUCGUGGAGAAGCUGGAGGACAAAGCAGCUAAGAGUUAUAUCAAAUCCCUCCCAAAAAUCCCCAAGAAGGAUUUGUCUGUGCUUUUCCCCAAAGCCAAUCCUCAGGCCGUGGACCUGCUUGACAAGAUGUUGCAGCUGGAUGUGGAAAAACGCCUGACAGCCACAGAGGCUUUGGCUCAUCCCUACUUCGAUCAGUUCCGAGAUGUUGAAGAGGAGACAGAAGCUCAAGAGUCCUAUGAUGAUUCUCUGGAACACGAGAAGCUUUCCAUAGAUGAGUGGAGAAAGCACAUUUACAAGGAGAUCCUGUCCUUCAGCCCCAUUGCACGGAAGGACUCAAAGAAGCACAGUGGGAUGUCCUUGUAGUGACAGUGGGAUUCCCUGGAUGACAGAUGGGAUUCACUCCACCUUGCCUUGCUGGUGCCAUCGUUUGGCCUCUGGGACUUCUCUGGGUGACACCGUGCUGGGGGUGUUGGACUUUGUUCUUCUGAAGGGGGUGAAAGAACCCCAAAGAGUUUUCAGCACAAAAGAUAAAUAUGUUCUUGUUGAAACUUGAAGUGAGGCAAUUUUUACCUGGUGGUUUUGUUGGUUUUGGGGUUUUUUUUCAUAUUUGUCCACCUGAGG